AUGAAUUGGGAAUCCCACAAACGCUUGGAAGUGGACAUAAGUGUAGAUAUGUUUCCGAUUCACGAUUCGUUUCUAACGGUUAUGGAUGUAAUUUACUCGGAAAUGGAUACACAGAUGGCUAUAAUGGGAGGCAUAUACGCGACCACGAAAUCCAAUUCCUUAUAUCUAUCGCGAAUGGAUUACUCCAUAUUAAUAGCAGUCUUACUAUUCUUCAAAAAUCCGUUUUCUGUGAUCGAUUCCGUCGAAGAAUUGGCCGCAAAACCAGAAUUAAUUCCUAUGCUAUUCAGUGCUGAGGCAGAUAUUGAAAGUCUAAAAAAUAUUCCGGAAGUCAGUAAUGCAGUGAACAAAGCAAAUGAAAACUAUUUGGGAUAUGAUUUCGAGAAGUUUGUAUCUGCGAGUCGAGAGAUGGGAUUUUUGAACAAAUGGCUCGAAGCGGGUCUUCAGCAAGCGUUUGAAGCCUUUGUCAACAAAUCAUUUGUUUUUGAGGAUCAAGAACCCAAUCCUUAUACUAUGAAUUUGGAUGAAUUCAAAAUAGCCCUGGGUCCUUACUUAUUAGGAAUUCUCGGGGCUUUGGUUCGACUUUUUUGGGAGAAUCUGAGUCCUUAUGACGAAGAGGUGCAACAAAUGCAUAAAAAUGAGUUCAAUAAUGAAAAGCGUCGGAAAAAAGAAUACUUAGUGGCCUUAGACUUGUCCCAAACUACCCCUCCUUUCUAUUCAGCGAACUUUGAAUGUGUUUUCGAUUUAUUAGACGACAAGAAGAUAAUCCCACAAAAGUUUGGCUAUGAUUUUGAUCUGAGGGGCAAUUUCACAUUCACCUGGCCAUUAGCUAUGGACGACCUGGAGAUGAAGGUGCUCUGUGCCAGUCAUCUAUUUCUCAUCAAAGAGUUGGUCAGAAGAACACAAUACGGGGCAAUCCCGGUGCUCAUCAAUCACAGCCGGUUCCUCACACUGGACGACGAGAACUUUGAUCCCACUCUCGCUUACAUUAAGUCUAAUGAAGUGGACAUAAGCGCCGAUAGCUUUCCACUCAAUCAUAUGUUCCUCUCGUUUCUCAACAUAUUUUACUCACAAAUGGACUCAACACUGGCUAUAAUGGGAGGCAUUUAUCCGUCCACUAAAUCCAAUCCCUUUUUCGGGAUAAUGAAUAUUUUUCACAAAGAAAAUCCGUAUUCUGUGAUCGAUUCCGUCGAAGAAUUGGACGCAAAACCAGAAUUAAUUCCUAUGCUAUUCGCUUCUGAAGCGGAUAUUGAAGACAUUCAAAACGACCGACAGCUGAGUUCUGCGGUCAACAAAACGCUGGUCAACAACAGGGAGCGAUAUUUGGGACAUGAUUUUCAGCAAUUAUUUGAUGGCAUCAAUGAUCUCAUCACUAAUAUCAGUGUUUUCAAAACACACGUAUUAUUGGCGUCUAAAGGAGCCAUUGAACACAUUAUUAACUUGAGUCGAGAAAAGUAUGAGAAAAUCACUCAUCUUUCAAAACACAUUUAUCAAAACCGAGUUCACGGUUAUGUAAUCAACGCCAACGUCAAUAAGCACAUCGCGCAGCAUUUUAAACAAAUUCGAGAAUCGGGUCUACACAUGAAAUGGAUAGAGUGUGGCAUCAAACAGGCGUACGACACGUUUGUCGACAAAUCAUUUGUGUUUGAACUCAAAGAGAAGACAAUUGCUAUGAUUUUGGAUGAAAUGAGAAUAGUUUUGGGCCCUUAUUUCGUUGGCAUUCUUAUAGCUUUCUGUGUGUUUGUGUUGGAAAAUACGGACUUCUCUAACAGUAAUUUGGAAGAAAGGGCUAAAUUGGAGGCCAAUUACGAGAUGAAUGAAAAACGAAGGAAACCUUUCUCUAAGAUCAGCUAUGAGCUCAUCAAUGCAUAA